AUGUCGUAUCCGGACUCUGUCGAUCCCGCGUUGUUUCUCAUUCAACAACGGUCAAAUUUCGAAAAUAUCUCCAAAGUUUUGCUGAUUGGUGAGACUGGUUCGGGAAAAUCGACCAUCAUUAACUAUUUAGCAAACUAUUUUCACAAUGGAACUUUAAACAAUCUCAACAUAGCCGUUCCAUGCAAAUAUCAUCCACACCCGACCGAGCAUUUCUCACACAGCGAAUCAAACAUUCAUGAUAAUACACAAUCGAAAACGAGCUCGUGUACUCAAUAUAUAUUCACUGAUUCCAACACGAAUAAACAAUAUCUUUUCCUCGAUACUCCCGGUCUUUCCGAUACACGUGGUCAUGAACAAAAUGAAAUGAACAUCAACCACAUGAUCGAUGCCAUUACCGAUCUCGGUAAUUUAACUUCGAUUAUUAUUGUUGUUAAUGGAUCGAUAUGUCGAUUAACACGUCAAUUUCGGCGAUUUAUUGAUCUUUUGAUUGGAAAUAUUCCAGAUGUUAUCUUAGAAAAUGUUCUUGUCAUCUUAACAAAUGUUAAAAAACACGAAUCAUCAUUCGAUUUGAGUGUCUUGAAUUUACACGGAAAUGUCUAUCCAUUCUAUAUGCAAAAUGGCGCAUUCGCAUCCGAUUCUCGCAUGUGGAAAGGUUCGACCCGCGAAGAGCUCCAAUCCAAUUGGGAACAUUCGAUGCACCAAAUCAAGUCUAUACUACAAACAGUUGACUCAUUCAAACAAAUUUCAAUUGAUUCUUUUAUUCAGCUAAAGCAAACACGUAAUGACAUACGAUCCGUCAUGCACCAAGCGCGUCUCGAGCUGAUUCAAAUACAAAAAAUACAAGACGAAUUAUCUCAAUUGGAACAAGCAGUUCAACAAACCUAUCAAAUUCACCUUCAAGAACAAACGAUCGAAAAAAUCGAAAUUGUCGAUGCUAAUUAUCAUAGCACGCUGUGUGCUAAAUGUAAUCAAGUUUGUCAUAAUAACUGCCGGUUGGAUGAAACGACAGUGGUCGGUGCACAAAUCUUUGCGCAGUGUGUCGUGAUGUUCAACGGCAAAUGUCAACAAUGUCCGAACCAUUGUUCUUAUAUUCAUCAUUAUCACGCGAAGAAAGCUAUUCGUAUCAGAAAAGAGAAAUUGCAUGACGCUCUGAAUGAUGUGAAACAGAAAUAUGGCCAAGCGCAAGCGGACCGAACCAAUUAUCAAGAACAAAUCAUGACGAUUUCGGAAACGAAGGCAUUCUUAGAGAAAGCUUUGAAAGAAAAGAUCCGAGAAAUGAAAAUGAAAUCGGUGCAACUGUGUCAGUUGUGUUCGUCGUUUAAUCUAGCGAAAGAAUUUCAAUAUUUGAUUCGGCAGUUGAAUACAGAUGUCAAUCUUUUGAAAAAUCAGGAAAUCAAGAAACAAACGGAUAGUUUGAUUCGAAAGUUAAUGAACUUUACGCGUUUAGUCGAAGAAAAUCAAGAGAAAAACCGACAGAGACGUUCGCCGAUGCAAAUCAUCGAUCGAGAGCAGCCAAUGAAAGAGAAAUCCAUUGAUAUCAAAUCACAAAAGACUGAUGAUUUAAUCAAACUCUAUCAUAAUACAAUCGAUCCACAUGUCAUUACAUUGAUUUUAAGUGAGCUUCAUCAACGUCUACAGGGCAAAUCAACAAGUCCGCUGUUAACUUCCGACGAGAUGAUCUUCAUUCAAAAAAGCCUAGAAAAGUACAGUCAGAAAUCUGUUCAAGAAUUGAGUUAUGUGUAUCGACAAUUGCAAAAACAAAUUCAAAGGAUCAUUGACGCAGAUAUUUUGAAGAUUGUUCAUGUCAAUGCGGAGCUUCUAAUCGAAAAUUUCAUUGUUCAAACAUUACUGGACACAAAAGAGAAAAAUGAAACUGAUCCUGAACAAACACUUCCUCCUUCUACAAUCAAUUCUUCUUCAUCGCCCUAUCCGACUACUGGUUCCCUAUUUCCUCAACUACCCCCGCCGUUGAAUUUGUCCCUUCCGCCACCUACUCGAUCUAUACCCUCACAACCAAAGGGUCCACUUCCUAUUCCAGAUACUGAACUCAAGUCAACAGAAAAGAAAGUAUCUAGUCUAACGAAAACAUCCAUCGGAUUUUCUCAUUUAAAUGCACCUCCUUAUCCAUCCGAAAAUGAUCCAUCACCAAUGCCAGCUCUACCAUCAUAUUAUUCCCCGAUAAUUCAAAAUGCAGGAGUAUUCAUCAAUCAUCAAGAACACAUUUCAAUGCCUGGACCGCCACCGUAUCUACACAACUCACACAAUCAUUUCCCAUCUAACCAAGAACAUAUAGUUCUGUCAGAUGAUUGCUCACCGAAGCCUGAUGUAAUACCAUUCAAUAUACAUUCGUCUAGUGUACGCAAACCUUCGUCAAUAUGUUCGACAAGCACGAGUUUCGAUGCAGCAGAUCUUCAACUAUACGCUAAUUCCGAGCUUCUAUCAAUGUAUACUGUUGCCGAAGCAGCCCAGAAUCACUUACAGAGCGACGCCAUUCGAAACGAACUGAAACGGCGAUGUUAUGGUGAAUAUCCAAUCUUGAUCAUGCAAAACAAAAGUCUCUACGACGAAAAAUACAGACAGAACGAAACCAAACCGAUUUCAGAAUUAGUCAAAGCACAAAUCGGAAUCGAGAAGAAAAUUGAAGAGUACUUAGGAAAUAAUGACGUCACAUUGAUCGAUAACAUACCUUCAGAACUGAUUAUCGAAGCCAAUGUAUUGCAUCAACUAAUUACAUCGAAAAGUCGAAUUUAA